GUGCGUCAUCAACAGGGUGGAGUAAAGUCGACCGAAUUGCAUGGCCGAAAGUGUGGAACCUUCGCCGUGGGAAAUAUUUACAAGUGGACUUAAAACUGGAGGGAAACAAUCGAGAUGUUUUGAGAAUAAUAACUAAUACGAUGUUUAAUUUCAUGCGUGAUAUAUUUUUGUUUUGCGACAGUGCUCUGUGACGCUGUUAGGAACGGGUCAAGCUAAUAUUAACAUUUACAUAAUCGGACUCAUUCUGGUUGGCACGUCGUACUGAAGACCGCGCGCAUUGAUUUUAUUUUAAACAAACGAAUAAUCUUAGCUUUAUCUGCAUUAAUACAGAGGCGAUAUAUUGAGUAUAUAAAGCAUUGUUGUUUAUUUUGGAUAAAUCAGAAAAACAAGUUAUACAACAGGGAAGCGUACUUUGCUUUGACGUCCUGGUCCUAAAGCCGGUCGCGUAUUCGACUUCUGCGCGGCUGACCCAGCGCGUGCCCAAAUGGUUCAACUGUGGCAGUGUUUCAGAUUAUUACAUGCUACAAUGGAAAGUGUUUUGUUAGAGCAAGGCUAAUUAUCUGUCCACCCGAGGGAAGCGAAGUUAUUUUUAACGCACAUACAGACUGAAUUUAUUAGAGUUGUAUUCAUUUUUUAUCUUUUAAGGAAAUUUUCUUUUUGGGGGAGUGUAGUAGAGCAUCCAUAUCCAAGCAUACUAAAACGUAAAGGGACUUGAGUGAAGUAAUGGUGGUAAAUACGGUCCAUUGGUUCAGGAAGGGCUUGCGGCUCCACGACAAUCCUUCACUCAGAGACUCGAUCCAGGGAGCUCACACUGUCCGCUGUGUGUACAUCCUUGACCCCUGGUUCGCAGGGUCUUCAAACGUUGGGAUCAGCAGGUGGAGGUUUUUACUGCAGUGCUUGGAAGACUUGGACGCCAGCCUUCGCAAACUUAACUCUCGCCUGUUUGUUAUCCGCGGCCAGCCCACCGAUGUUUUCCCAAGGCUGUUUAAGGAGUGGAACAUUAAUCGCCUGUCCUACGAGUACGACUCUGAGCCAUUUGGGAAGGAACGAGAUGCAGCCAUCAGGAAGCUGGCCACUGAGGCGGGCGUGGAGGUGAUAGUACACAUCUCUCACACGCUCUACGAUUUGGACAAGAUCAUAGAGUUAAAUGGAGGUCAGUCCCCACUCACGUACAAGCGCUUUCAGACCCUCAUCAGCAGGAUGGACGCGGUGGAGACCCCUGCAGAAACCAUCACAGCGGAGGUCAUGGGGCCGUGUACCACGCCAGUCUCCGAUGACCAUGAUGAGAAGUUUGGGGUUCCUUCUUUGGAAGAGCUUGGAUUUGAUACAGAAGGUCUGUCCUCAGCCGUGUGGCCAGGUGGAGAAACCGAGGCCCUCACUCGCCUAGAGAGACAUUUGGAAAGAAAGGCUUGGGUGGCCAAUUUUGAGCGUCCAAGAAUGAAUGCCAAUUCCCUGCUGGCCAGCCCAACCGGCCUCAGCCCUUAUUUAAGAUUCGGCUGCCUGUCCUGUCGACUCUUCUACUUCAAACUCACAGAUCUCUACAGGAAGGUCAAAAAGAACAGCUCACCACCUCUUUCUCUCUACGGCCAGUUACUCUGGCGUGAAUUUUUUUACACCGCUGCCACCAACAACCCGCGCUUCGACAAGAUGGAAGGCAACCCUAUUUGCGUGCAGAUCCCGUGGGACAAGAACCCAGAAGCUUUGGCUAAGUGGGCUGAAGGUAGGACAGGUUUCCCCUGGAUCGAUGCCAUCAUGACCCAACUGAGACAGGAGGGCUGGAUUCACCACCUGGCCCGGCAUGCAGUCGCUUGUUUUCUCACUCGUGGAGACCUGUGGAUCAGCUGGGAGGAAGGCAUGAAGGUCUUUGAGGAACUGUUACUGGAUGCAGACUGGAGCGUGAACGCUGGAAGCUGGAUGUGGCUCUCCUGCAGCUCCUUUUUCCAGCAGUUUUUCCACUGCUACUGUCCCGUCAGCUUCGGACGCCGCACCGACCCCAAUGGAGACUACAUACGGCGAUAUUUGCCCGUUUUAAGGGGUUUCCCAGCCAAGUACAUCUACGACCCCUGGAAUGCGCCCGAAAGUGUCCAGAAAGCAGCUAAAUGUAUAAUUGGCGUACACUAUCCCAAACCCAUGGCACAUCACGCAGAGGCGAGUCGCCUUAACAUAGAGCGCAUGAAACAGAUCUACCAACAGCUGUCCUGCUACCGUGGCCUGGGCCUGCUGGCAACCGUGCCAUCUAACCCUAAUGGAAACGGAGAGAAUUCGACAAACUUUAUUGGAUUCCAAACAGGAGACGUGAUCAAAGAAGUCACAACAUCUUCAGGCUAUCAGAUGCCACCCACAUCUCAAGGCGAAUGGCAGGGCAUGACAAUGGUUUACACGCAAGGAGACAACCAACCAAGAAGCAGCACACAACUGCAAGGUUUUGCAGGCAAUAGUAAUGCCAUGAUGUGCUACAGACAAGACUCGCAGCAAACACCUGGUCCUGUGGGACAGCACGGGCGAGGGCUCCACAGUGGUACCUUCCAGACAUCUGGAAAACGACACAGUGAAGAGUCAGGCUCUGCCACGGGAUCAAAACUGCAGAGACAGUGCUCAUAAACAACAGGUCCAUUUACAGCGACCACCACAACUUUGCAGAAGGGAUGAAUUUUCAUCCUCACCUUUUCGAGUUUCACGUUUUGCAGUUAUACAGAAGAAAACAAAAUCCCGAUCUAGGAAAGAAUUCAAGGGAGUGCAUGAUUCUCUCUAUAAGCACAUCGACACGUAGCAAAACUGCACAUUAUCACAGGGACUUCACCCAAGCAGUCACCAACAUCCAGACAACUUUGGAAUUACGUUGCGGCUCUGUGGUCUACGUUGCUGCAACGUUCUGUCAACGUUGCGUUUAUGUUCUGACUGUUUGGGACUAAAUUUUGUAUGUAUAUAAGGAUUUGACGAAUACAAAAUGUACAUAUUUAAUAUUGUACGUGCUUUCUCUAUUUCAUGUAGCCAGACCCAUUGAUAUAUUUUUGAUAUAAAGAAUAAUUGUGGAUAAAUUUUACUCUCUUAUCUUGAUGAAAACAAAAAAAAGUAUUUGUUAAUUGUCCAUGCAGUUUUUUUGCUAAAGCUCUCGUUGGACGGCUUGUUUGCACUACCUUUUUUUAUGUCUACUUUGCUCUCUGUCUUUUGUUUGUGAUAUCCAUGUUCUUAUGUGGACCUCUUCCAGACCCCUUUUCCUCUUCACUGUAAAAAAAUAUGCAGCACGAUGCUUAAACAACUUGGUUUUGCAAGUCAAUUCCACCUACUAUUUUAUGUUUGGGCUUUAAAAAGUUGACAUAACAAGUUAAAGUAACAUAAAAAUGUGUGUUGAUUUGACAAAAAUGCUGUGGGGUUUUUUCAGUGUGGGCGUCCUGUUAUCAGACCAUAAUUGUAACGUUAAAAUAUAUCAACUUUAAUAUACCAUCAUGUUUCUCAGCCUCAAGUUGUGCUUGUUUAAUAAAGUGUAAACGUAGA